AUGGCCCUGAGAUAUCAUUGGGCGAUGAGCGUACUGCUUGACUACCUUUACAGUGUUACUUACCGCGCGAAAUUCGAUCGGAAUAAGCACCUUCAAGAAGACAAGGAGCUUGAUGUCUACCUGGGGGUUUGGAGGGCUAAGAAUCAAAUGCAUUGGUACCUGAGAAGAUGUUUCCCAGAAGAACCCAGUACGAUUCUCGUGCCUAUUACGACUUACAGGGAAGAUGUAAGCAGCUUUUCCGUUGGAAUCUGCGAAUGCGAUGCGACGGAAUUGCCAGAUUGGCGCACAUAUCAGAUCAACUCUUGCUACAUUGAUUACAAGCUCGACGUUCAGUUUUGGAAGCUACCUAACAUCACAACCAUCGAUGGGACAACGGCUAAGAAGAUGACUUAUGAGGUAGAGAUGAUUUCAUCGGGGUCAUCUAUGGAGUUUGCCGUCUAA